AUGGCAUUAAUUUUAAAUGAAAGCGUGAAUUACACUCAGAUCUCCAAUGCGCCUGUUAUGCGCUGUACGGGAAAAUUCACCGGGACGCCGCAACAAUGGAACGUGAUGAUCGCCCUUCUACCUAUUGCUUUGACCGGCGCAUUUUGCAGUUUGAUAAACCUAUUAGUGUUUAAAAAAUGGAAAAAUAAGCAACCGUUUUUAUACUUUCAUGUUUCCUUAUCCGUCGCGGAGGGUUUGUAUCUCCUGCUACAAACCGUACCGACGUUUGCCCGGCUUUUGGACACCGGGCACACGCAAUUCUGGCCGUACAUUCUCGGAGUGGCGGCUACUUAUUAUGGCGCACUUCUAUACAAUGUGCACAUUGUGUGUAUCAGUAUUGACCGAUGGAUCUCGGUUGAUUUUGCGACUUUCUAUCGAAACCGCAUUGGGAAACGCGCUAUCUUGACUGUCAUAGCCGGUGCUUGGUUCUACUGUACACUGUUUACGACAGUCUUGUUCACCGUGCUAGAACAGUUUAUUAUGGUUCCCUGUAACUCAGUGGCGUUCUUCGCCUAUCCGAAAAUCUGGUUUCCUGUUUAUGUGGAAGGAAGUCUGGUGUUUACGGUUUUUGUCGUUGCGGUGACGCAGGCGCGCCUGAUCUAUGUCGCUGUUCAAGGAAAACUGCGGAUAUUCCGCAAUCGAAAAGUUCACUCACUUUCAGUCAACGGAGAAACGGUGGGAAACGCAGCGACCGACACACGUAACCAAACCGCCGAAGCGAAACGAACCAAAGCGCUGCUAGCUGUCAUGACAAAGACGGUUUUGACUGGAUCCAUCAUUGUCGUGAUUGCGGUGUUGUGCCAGAUUCCUAUGGCAAUUUUACGGUGGACCCGACAAAGCCAGACUAGUGCUUACGCUUUCUUUGUUCUAGUAUUCCAUGGCCAGCACAUCUUGCCUCUUUUUGUAUAUUUGACCUUUUAUCCACAAUACCGUUGCGCUGUGCGUUCUAUAGCUGAUAUACGGAAACUUUUGCAGUGACUGAAUGUAUUGCAGAAGUAACUUUUGAUUCAUGACGAAGACUGUAGCUCACUGAUGCUACGAUACCGUAAAAAAACGACGAAGUAC